GCCCAGCCCCGCGGGGAGGCUCCCGCAGCCCAGGGACCCCGAGCUUUCCCUGCGCCGGGCGCUGCAGCCGGGCCCCUCCCGCAAGGCGCCCGGCAGCCCCAGGCUUCCUUUUGGUUCCCGCCCCGGGACGGGAGGCUCCGUCCGCUCCCUGGGCAGCCGGGGCGCUCCCUCCUUCUCCCUCCCGCGCUCUCCUCCCCUGUCCGUUUGCAGGGAGGUGCUCUCCUCGGGCGGCGGGGAAGGCGGGGCUGGCCUGCCGCUCCUCCUGCUAUGAUGCCUGGGCAGAUCCCGGACCCUUCGGUGACCGCAGGCUCCUUGCCAGGGCUUGGCCCCCUGACCGGACUCCCCAGCUCGGCCCUGACUGUGGAGGAGCUGAAAUACGCUGACAUCCGCAACCUCGGGGCCAUGAUUGCACCCUUGCACUUCCUGGAGGUGAAACUGGGCAAGAGGCCCCAGCCCGUGAAAAGUGAGCUAGAUGAGGAAGAGGAGCGAAGGAAAAGGCGCCGGGAGAAGAACAAAGUCGCAGCAGCCCGAUGCCGGAACAAGAAGAAGGAGCGCACGGAGUUUCUGCAGCGGGAAUCGGAGCGGCUGGAACUCAUGAACGCAGAGCUGAAGACCCAGAUCGAGGAGCUGAAGCAGGAGCGGCAGCAGCUCAUCCUGAUGCUGAACCGACACCGCCCCACCUGCAUCGUCCGGACCGACAGUGUCAAGACCCCUGAGUCAGAAGGCAACCCGCUGCUCGAGCAGCUCGAGAAGAAGUGACCAUGGGCUGGGAGGAGGUGGAGGAGGAGGAAGAGGAGGAGGACAAGUGACGAAGAGGGAGGAGGAGGGGGGCCCCAGAUGGCCCUUCCUUUGGUGCAUGAAAAACUGUACAAUGAGGUUCAGCACAGCCAGCAUCAGCCGAGCUUUUUUGUGAAACUCAGAUCAGCCACCCAGGGGGAAGAGCGGGCUGAGGAAACCCAGAGGGACCAAGCGCUGAGACCAAAGUUGACCCUCGGGUAGGGCUGUCCUGCCUGGGGCCCCACUGGAAGGAGGCAGGACAGAGGCACCGAGGCCAGGGAGACGCCCAGUGAGGCAGCCCUGGGCCCUCCUCCGGCCUCUUCACCAGGGCACCCACCCGAGGAACCUCCGAACAGCCAGGAAAAGCCAUGAGUUGCAACCAAAAUGAGGCUGAGGACAGAACUCAGAAUGAAACUGCAACCCACCUGCCCCCAGCCCUGCCCCUCACCCUGAUGCGAAGCUGGAGAGGGGCGUGCUGCAGGGCCCUGAUGCCCCCACCCACCUCGGUCCAGCGCGGCCCUGCCCAGGAGGCGGCAGCCGGGCGCACCCUCGCCGGCCCUGCUGGAGUUUGCUGUGGGCACUGAGGCGCGGGCGCCCUUCCAAAGCACAUACUCACCGAAUGUUUACAGACUGGCUGUCCUGGCAGGGCUUUCAACUGCACAUGUUUUUUAUACUUUCCUUUUUUUUUUUUUUUUAAUAUUUUUUACAAAAAAAAGAUUUUAUACAAGCAAUAUAUAUAUGGAUUUCUAUAAUCACUCGAUGUGAUACAGUAUAAAUAUGCUAUGGUUUGUUUGUUAUGAACAGAUAGCCACCAGUUACGGCCGUUGUGUGUAACUCCUAAGUACUGUAGUCUCUGGGUGUCGGGGGUGGCCAGGGCGGGGGCGGGGUGCAUUUCCAUCCUUGUAAACCCUUCAUAGUACUCAGUCCUGUAUCGCUCAGUAAACAUUGCUCUUACGUACACA